GUUUGCAAAUUUUGCAUGCAUUUUGCUAGUUUACAUUUUUCAACAACAAAAUUGUUCAAAUAUUGUUUACAGAGCUAAACAAUAUUAAAUUAUAUGAUUUACAGAGUGUAUACUAUUCCUUUCUACAAAUCUGGAUGAAGAUAAAAUGAUUGCGGCGUCAGAACCACUGGAGUUUGUGCCGCACGGUCGGACUGUCCUGGCAAAGCAUCCUGGGAAGAUUUACAACAAGGGCCACAAUGCGUCUAUGUCAGAGAGCACAUUGCUGUAUAAGUUAACAAAUGUCGCCAUAAAAGACGAUAGUGUUGCGGACAAAGAUGAAGAUGAACAAGAAUGGUGGACCAUCAGAGAAGUGUACUACAAGGCUAAAGAGGCAGAAGAAAUAGAGCCAGAAUCCUCUAAAGAGUCAAAAUACGAUUUCGAUUCGUUUCGACCUCCGAGUCGACUUAAAACUGAUUUCAACAUAUCCAUCAAGUCAGAACUCAUGAGCGGCCUAAAGAAAGAUGAACCUGGCCCUUCCAGAGCUGGCAGUGCUAAUAGCUCCAGUAAUAUGUCCAAGAAAUUUAACCUGAAUAGCGCACAAAAUACACAAUCAAACAAGAAACCUCUCAAUCCAAAAACAGACUGUUAUUAUGAAGAAGAAUUGUAUGUUAAGGGUUGUACUGCUGUAUGGUCUAAAGGACUGAUCUCAACACCUGGUUCAAAAACAUCAGCCUCUGAGCAACGAGAAACCAUAGCUUGUUACACCAUGGACAAUCCCAUCAAACACGCCGCAUUCGCAGACUUUCACAUAGACAUAAACAACACAAUGCUCAUAGACGCACUGAAUUCACAAAUAGGCGAUUCCAAGAAAAACAUAAAGAUAGAAGACAAUACAGAACACAUAAAAAGCAAAACUAUGCCAUCAAUAUUACUUGUAGACAACAAAUGCAUGAGGGUAUAUGCUAUGGAUGGCAGAGAAUAUAUAACCAGCAUACCUUUCCAAGUCAAAAAAGUAUGGCCCAUGAAAUACGGAGUGCUUCUCGAAAAGGAAACACCGCCUAUUCUACAUAAUUCCACAUUGCCAGUAUCGUUUUCUAAACUAAAUGAAUCUCAUAAUAGUUCCUUUUCGAGGUCUAGAACAUUCAAACAGCCGCAAAUGAGCGCAAAAUUGCGGGCAGAAUCCAUAUCUGGAUAUGAUCCAGACUGUCCAUUACCCACAUGCUUUUCUCUCAGUCAUCCGUUAGAUGAAGUCACACCGAUACUAAUGAAAUCGCCCUCACAAGGCUUACAAUACUAUAAUGAUGGUGAUUUGCAAAUAAUAUUCGUCAGUUCGAAGCCCAGUAUCAUACUGCUAUAUGAUUGGAAGUUAGGAACGCAUUCGUUAUGGAAAUUACGGAGAGCAUUACGCGAUGAAUGCCUAGCCAUGUGCUCAAAUAUGAAUUCAACUGUAUUCAGCCAGUCAUGUGAUUUUGUGAACAGUCCAAUGCAAAGUAUGGGAAAAUCUAUGAACAGUUGGACUGGCAGCCCUUUCCACUCGAAAAAGGGACCUUUAACACCAACCAGAUCGAGACAGAAUAGUCCUAUGGCUAAUAUAUUUCACCAGCAAGGAUUAUCACCACACGCGUCUAUCGGCCAAGCUAGUUCCACAUCAAUGUUAGCAAAUACGAUGAUACAAAAUCCUCCAUCACUACCCUUAUACCCUGAUGUGUGUAUUGACCAUAUAUUCACAGAUAGUCAAGUUAUACGCCGCGAUCCCAUAGAGAAUCCCAAAGAUAUAAAGGCGUUUCUACACACUGACUUGGUUGGUCAUAACUAUUUAUGCUUCAUGGUAAAAGUGGAGGGGGUGGGCAAAUUACAAAUAAUGCGGUUGAAGAAAUCUCAUAGUCAUGGACAGACGUCUAAAACAAACAUUAUAGUCGGUUGGGUUUCGUCCGUAAUGGCCAAAGACGCAGUGGUGUUGGAGCAUUUGAAAAUGAUGGCACUGAUUGACGAAAUGGGGAAUAUUAUUCUGCAGUCUGGAAAUAAUUUUGUUGGCAAGGUCCACGUAGGCGGAGUUUUAGCCAGAUUAAUAGACUCCCCUUACACUAAGCGAUCGACUUUCCAGUCACCAUUUCCUCGCCGCAGUAGCCUUUUACCGACUAGAUGUGAUAAUACGACAUUUGACGAUUCAGCUCUGCAUUUAUUGUCGCCUGUACCACACUCGUCAGUUUCUAGGAUUGAGCAGAAGGAAACUAUAGGGCACCCGGGUAUCCGCGGGCUCUGCGACGCGGCCGGCAACCGGCUGAGCGUGGUGUUCGGCGCCGGGCAGCUGUACCGCGUGUCGCUGCCGCCGCCCGCCUGCGCGCCGCUGCUCGCGCGCUGCUCCGCCGCGCUCGCCACCGCGCUGCCGCCCGACCUCACCGUGCAGGUUAUCAUCAAAUGGUACGGCAUACGAAACGCACCCGGCUCACAGGAUCUAACACCAGACCAAGAAUGGGAUAUGUUCCUUAACCUAAUGCUCUCGCUAAUUGGAUACGACGUGGAUAAAUCCCAAAAACUAACAGAUGAAGAAGUGGAAGUCGCAACCAAAAAGCAAAGAACGUCCAGCGACGGCACCCAAGACGAUUGGGACUAUUUAUUGAACUCCAAACUGCACAAAGUGAUCGGCCUGCCUUUAUCAAAUAUGCUGAACUUACCGCUACUGCAAAGCGAAGAAAAAGACCAAAAAGUCGAUACAGACAAACCGAUGGAAUUUAACGCCAACUCCCUCUUGUUUCCAUACACAGUGCACGUGUUUUAUACAUUCCAUUUGCUAUACGAAGAUUUCAAAUUAAACACUCUUCUGGGGAGCGAUUUGAAACACCUAUCCACGUUUUUAUAUCGCAUCGCUAGAGAUUUAUGUUUGGAGAAAUACAUCGAUCAUUAUUGGCUGGACUUUCCAGCGGAAUUCUGUUAUGCGGGCGAAUGUGAGUCCCAUCUAUGUGAGGAGGUGUUGAAGAAAUUGGUUCAACCUAAUUACUUUAAUGCGCAACCGCCAAGUAUAUUUGGGUAUUUGGACUCGCUGAUGAAGGAUAUCGACGAUGGAUACUACCCAUAUAUGCCGCAAGUUAAUGAUCUGUCACGGGAUAUUAUUGAGAUUCUGUGCGCGGGGGGUUGCGGGCGCGGGGCGGGCGUGCGGUUGGUGUGCGCGGGCGAGGGCGGCGCGCCGGCCAGCAGCACGCCGCGCGCGCCGCAGCCCGCCGCCGGCGCCGCGCCGCACUGCCGCGCCGUCGCGCUGGCGUGCCAUAGGGGUAUAAGCCUACGCGACGUGGACAACUUUCCCCCAGCGGUGGGGCUGAUGCUGAUAACCAUAUUCAGCAGAUGCAAAGCGGACCCGCCCGUGGACUGGCCGCUAGAGGCUUAUAGACUGGCCAUGAGGGAGGAUCUGGCUUUGCAGGCAGAAAUCGCUGAGACGAUUAAGUCUACGGAUGAGUAUAUGGAAUCUCUAGCCCUCGAAGUGCUAGAGAAAGAAACAGCAUACUCCCAACAGAUCAAUCCCAUGGAGGCGCCGCAACCAACAACCACCAAAACCAAUGAAGACGAGGCCACUGGCAUGGAGCACAUGAACACUAAACUGUUGCGUUUGCUGUAUCCGAGGGAUCAUAGAAUGGAUGAAGUGUACAGCCUCCUGCAAUCGUCGAUACCAGUGACGAUACACUUAUUGCAAAGGCCAGAGAUAUCGGAUCACGACUUUAUUGAAGAACAAGAGAAGUAUUUGUAUGCGAUGGGAACGAGGACUAUGGCUUUGCCGGUUGGAAGGGGGAUGCUAACCCUCCGCAGUCUGCCCUGUUCCCCCACAGAGCCACUCACAUUACCAAAACUAUGUGUAUCCGGGCGCGGUCCCCCCCCUCGCUCCAACACAAUCAACCUUAGUGCAAGUGACACGUCCCCCCACUGCCUCUUGUGGCCCACCUUCCAUAACGGGGUCGCUGCGGGCCUGGCCCUGGUCCCCAUGACGGGCUCCAAUAUUGAUUCCAGUUGGAUCAUUUAUAAUAAACCCAGGGGAACACAAGACAUGUCAACAGAACACGCGGGAUUCCUACUAGCUUUAGGACUGAACGGUCACUUGAAGGAUAUGCCCUAUAUGAACAUGUAUGAAUAUCUCGUCAAAUGCCAUGAGAUGAUCAGUAUUGGAUUAUUGCUGGGUCUAGCUGCUACGUACAGAGGCACAAUGGACGUGCAAGCGACGAAGAUGCUCAGCAUCCACGUGGAGGCGCUGCUGCCGGCCAGCAGCGUGGAGCUGGACAUCCAGCACGGCAUCCUCGUGGCCGCAGUGCUGGGCGUGGGCCUGCUGUACCAGCGCACCGCGCACGACCACUACGCGCAGGUGCUGCUGCGGGAGAUCGGCAAACCGCCAGGGCCAGAAAUGGAGAACUGCGUAGAGAGAGAAGGCUAUGCUCUAGCCGCGGGCUUGGCGCUCGGCUGUGUGUGCCUGCGGGCCGGGGACAGACCGCACUUGGCACACUUGGCACCGACCCUACGGACGUAUAUGCUGGGGGGGGAUAGACGUGGGGGGAAUGGCAACCAAAAAGACAAGUACAAGCAGGGGUCCUUCGCGAUCCGUGAGGGCACAACAGUGAACCUUGACGUGACGUCACCGGGGGCUACCCUGGCCCUGGGGCUGAUCUACAUGCAGUCCAACAACCAGGCCCUCGCUGAGUGGUUGGAGCCCCCCAGCACUGCGUAUAUGCUGGACUUUGUGAGGCCUGACCUGCUAAUGUUGAGGGUUAUAUCGAGAGGUCUAGUGUUAUGGGAUAGUAUCGAACCUACAGAAGAGUGGGUGGAGAGUCAAGUGCCGUCAACAAUAAACCCAUAUUGCUUCGUCAAACCUACGGACGAGAAUAUAGAUUAUGAGGCUAUGAACCAAGCAUACUGCAACAUAAUAGCGGGCGCGUGCUUCGCCCUAGGGCUCCGCUACGCGGGCUCGGGCUGCGAGGAGGCCCGAGAUACAGCGCUGCACUUUGUGCGAAGGCUCGAUGCGGCCUGGGCCGGAGCCCCAGAUUUAGCGGGGGCUGCGACCUUGGAGGCUACAUGCUGUGUGUGCUUGCUGGCUGCUGGCAUGAUAAUGGCAGGUCGGGGCGACAUACCAGUGUUACGUGUGUGCCGGCGGCUGCGCACGCGCACCGCGCGCGUCGCCGCCCGACCCGAACGUGCGCCGCUCACACACGGGGCACAGAUGGCAGUACACUGCACGAUAGGGCUGUUAUUCCUGGGAGGAUGUCGGGCCACAUUGUCAACGACGCCGGAAGCGGUAGCCUCGCUUAUUAUUGCGUUCUUCCCCAAGUUCCCCACGCACACGGAGGAUAAUAGGUAUCACUUGCAAGCGUUCAGACAUCUUUACGUGUUGGCGGUCGAGCCGCGACUGAUACUGCCGAGAGAUCUCGACACGGGGAAACUUUGCUAUGCGAAAAUACAGGUGAUAGAUUUAGAAGGAGCUAUGAAGGAAAUGAAAGCGCCGUGCAUUAUACCAGAGCUGAAUACACUAAAAGAGGUGAAAAUUAACGAUAAACGCUAUUGGCCUAUCACCUUCCAACGUGAUCAGAAUUGGGACCAAUUGAAAACGUUCCUAAAAUACACGUGGUGUGUGGACAUAAAGCAGAGGGCUGGAUGCCUCUCCUAUUUAGACGACCCUCAAGGCUUUUUGACCAUCCUGGCCCAAACUCUAACGCUCGAUAAGACCAACAUCUGGUCAGCGCAGUCAGAGAAUAUUGAGCUCUUUACCAAUGACGAAAAGGUCCGGAAUUUCGUGAAGCACUAUCUGGCUAAAGAGGCCAUAUUUGAUUCGAAACCUGGCAACAUUUGUGCUGAUUGCUUGUUGUUAAUAAAGAAGAAGGCAGGAUUUAGAAGUUUGGGGUUGUUGAAUAGGGGGUGUGUGUGCAGGAAGUAUAGUAAAGAUGAACAGGAGUAUAUGCAGAGUCUAAGUGUGGUGACCUACGAGUGUGUGAUCAAAGAUGUGCUGCAGGCGCUGCCGAUUUGGACGACAUUUUUGAGGAUGAUAAAAGAAAUGCGUACAGAGCCGACAUCGUACCACAUGUGGCAGAUAAAGCUGCUCCUGUCGCACAUGGACAGCCACUGGCGGCGGUCGCACGACGCCAUGUCGGUGGACGGCGCAGACUGCACUGAGCCGCUCGUCUCCAACGAGUUCACCGUCGCCAUCAAGCAGAAGGUUGCACAGGCGCUUGACGUGUGGGAGCCGAAACUAAUACCAUUAAUACGCCGUUAUCUCAGCACUACCACACGGGGCGGGAAACAGGGCGACGCAGCUACACGGAAAGCCCUAGCGGCAUAUCUCUCGUACUACGAACUACCCCGCGUACCCUUAUUAUUGUCUAGUAUACCGGAGUUAGUGUUAGCAACCCCAGUACCACUGUCUGUACGUGCGUUAGGGGCGAUAAUGUCGCUGGCUCGGUGACUGCUCGCCCUCAAACCGCGCCCUUCGCGCCCUCCGCAGCCGGCGCCCCAAACGGUGCCCUACCGCACGCGGUCCAGCUGUAAGGGAUCCUGUUUGCAUGACUGGCGCUAGAUACUAACUAGUACUAGUCGAUACGCUCUUACUAAAACAACAUCCUAAACUACGUUGGCGGUAUAAUGUACAAAACUAACUAGCUAUUAUAAUAUGUAAACACCACUAUAAGCGAUGGCGCCCUAAAUAGGACAUUAUUCUACAAAAUACCGAUCUAGGACACUACUCUAUGAGAUAGCGCCCUAUCUAGGAUAGUCAUAUAAGGAUAGUAAUAUUCUUACGGGAUGGUUGACUAGCGAGGACACUUUAUCGCGUAAUGGCGCCCUAAUUUGGAUACUAAUCCACGUUAUAGCGCCCUUAUUAGGACGAUACUUACGUGAUAGCGCCCUAAUUAGGAAACUUCUCUGGGCGGUGGUGUUCUGACCAAUUAUGAAGUAGUUGCAAGUGAACUAAGAAACUCGAAUUCGAGAAAUGUCAGAGACAUUCAGUAAAAUAAGUUUAGAAAUUUGAAAUUUCUAUGUGUGUAAUUUUUAAAUAAAAAUAUUCUUCGAUGUACCUUCGUCACUUCUAAUGAAUAUGUACCAAAAAUAUUACAAUUGAUAUUUAUACAUUUUGAUGCUAUAUUUUUCAUGUUAAGUAUGUAAAUGAUUUUACACUUACUAUACAAUUUUUAUAAGUACACUAGCUUCCCUCGCACGAAAUAAUAAAUUUUCUACUUCAUAGAUUUUUGAUGAAAACAAUUUUACAACUUUGGAUGAUAUUUCAGUUGUUUAUUUCAGAAAAUCCUAUUUAGAAACAUCUAGUUUAAGAUCUGUUUAAUGAUACCUUAUUUUAUUCGAAUUUAUUUUUUUGGAUACAUGCAUGUUCCAGUCGCCCUCACAAAUAUUUUUUCUCUGAAAACAAAAUGUAGCCUUUAAGUGUUACCUAAUACUGAUAUAUCACCAUAUAAAAUUUUCUUAACAUUUGCCCAGCGGUUUUUAUCUUAUUCACGCACAUACAAAUAGACAACAGAAAAAAGUUGAAACAUUGUUUCGAGUUCUACGAAAUAUGGAGGAUAUUGCAUAGCAAUCACCCUUAGAUAAUUAGAAAUUUAACUUAAGAAUAUCAGAUUCGUUUGUGUUUUUUUCAUUUUAUGUAUGUACAAAGUACACCUAGUAUAUUUUAUAGUACUAGAGUAAUUUCUUCUGUCAAAAACUAUUGACAUUCGCAUCGCUUCGGUUGAUAACUUUAUAGUCGAGCC